AUGGCGGCCGAUGCACCAAAGAUAAUGAAGCCGGAGCAGGUCGAAGAUGUGACGGGCCUUGAGUCUUCCGUCGAGAAACAGUCGGAUGGUGGCGACGCUGUUGUUGACGUUCAGCAAGAAGACGAGAAGAUCUCGUGGCGACUUGGACUUGCCUUUGCCGCUUUGGUGUUUCAGGUCAUUUGCUACGAGACGACUCUUCUGAUUCCAUCAACCAUUUUGAGUUACAUCGAAGCAGACCUUGGGCCUGAUCCUUCUUAUACCUGGAUCGCGAAUGCCUGGUCCCUCUGCGCUGCCGUCGUGGUCAGUAUCGCUGGUCGCCUAGGCGACAUCUUUGGCCGACGAUACUUCAUGCUAUGCGGCAGCACCCUCGCCUUUGUUGGCGCCAUCAUCGGUGCCACAGCACAUGGGAUCCCUCAGAUGAUUGUCAGCGGCAUCUUCUUCGGUAUCGCUGCUGGGAUCCAGGAGACCUACUAUGCGUGCCUGAUGGAACUGGUGCCCUACAAGAGACGGACUUUCUUCAUUGGCCUCGGAUGUGUCUGCGCUCUGCCAGCUCUGAUCUCUCCUCUGAUCGCCUACGCGAUGAUGGAUCACUAUAGCUGGAGGGCCUGUUACUGGUACAUGUGUGCCAUUGGCGCCGUCUCUUUCUUGCUCUUGUUCUUCUUCUACAACCCGCCGAAUUUCGAGAACAAGUACAACGGGACCAAAAACCGACUGGAGCUGGCCAAGGAGAUCGACUACGUUGGCCUGGUUCUCUUCACCUCGGCCGGGGUUCUCUUACUGGUUGGACUCAACUUUGGCGGUCGGGCUUAUCCAUGGAAGUCGACCGAGACCCUGGUUCCGCUUAUCCUUGGGCUCGUCCUUUGGCCGGCGUUCGGCGUCUGGGAAUGCUAUACAAAGUCAAAGCUUCCUCUAAUGCCUACUCGUCUAUUUCGAAACAUCCGCUCAUUUGUCGUCGUGCUCGUGGUCUGCUUUGUGAGCGGCAUGUUCUACUAUAGUUUGCCGGUGCUCUGGCCCAAAGAAACCGCACUUUUCGUGCCUGCAAGCGAAACCAUCCGGCGCGGUGCAUAUGCAGCCCUAACGAAUAUAGGUACUUGGGUUGCUGGCAUUUCCCUCGUUCUGAUCUUCUCUCGUCUCGACCAUGAGCGAUGGCAGAUUGUUUUUUGUCUCGUCAUCCAAAUCGCCUUGACUGGCUCCCUGGCCUCGGUAGGCGUCAAUGACAACGCACAAGUCGUCGUCACAGUCUUUCUCCUCUCCUGCUUUGUCAACCAGCCCCUGUUCAUCUCCUUCUCCAUCAUCUCCCUCGCUCUGGAGGAUCAAGCCGACAUCGGUGUCGCCUCCGGGGUUCUGUCCACAAUCCGCCUGAUGGGAGGUGCCAUCGGCGUGGCCAUCUACACCACGAUCCUUUCAAACGUAUAUACGCCUCGCCUCAUUCGCAACAUCAACGAGGUCGUGUCAGCCACAGGGUUUCCCGAGAAUGAGACUUCAGUGCUUCUCAAGGCGGCCGUUGCAAACACCGCUGCGGCGUACAAGGCGGUCCCUCAUAUCACCUCCGAAGUCAUCACGUUGUCUGAACGGGCUGUGAAGAAGGGCAAUCUGUAUGCUUCUGGUGUGGUGUGGUUGACUGCAGUUGCAUUUGGCGGGCUCUCGGUCAUAAGUGCUUGUUUUAUCAGGAGUACCCCACGGUCUAGGAAGACUGCCACCAGGGCUGUCAAGUUGCAGAAUGAGCUGUCCACCGUGGAGGCAUCGAGGGAUGAAUGA